AUGGAUCCACUAUCGGCCGCAGCCAGCGUGAUAGCUGUGGUUGGUGCUGCAAAGAAAGUUACUAAGGCUUUGGACCUGUUGAAGGCUGUCAGAGGCGCACCCCAAGGUCUCAGUGACCUCCUUGGAGAGGUCUCUCGUCUUGAAAAGGUCCUUCAGGCUAUUAUGAAUGUUUCGAUGGAAUCCCAACAGCCGUUGCCACAGCUCAGAGAGGUUUUAGAUGAGGCUAGGUCGAAGCUGCUCGAACUUGACAGUCUCAUUCAGUAUACUCUGACAAAGGUGGGCGAAAGCAACAAGGUCGAUCGCUGGCAGUGGUUAAGGAAGGAGAGCGACGUUGACACUCUCCAACGAAAAUUGCAUGCCAUUCGACAAGACCUGAUUAUGUUGAUCAGCACUACAAAUUUGGUACCACGAGUACUGCCCAACUCGAACCCGAUCAUUGAGUCAGUCAGCAAAGGCGAUCUCAUUCAGUUCAAAAGACUUGUGGCCCAGGGACAUGGAUCGCCGUACGAUAUUGAUGAGGGUGGCGGUUCAUUCCUGGUGUGUUGUGCCGCUGGAAGUAGAUUUGACGAAUUUAAGUCUCAUCUCAAAUUUCUUACGGUGGUAGAUUGGGAUGAAGUGUGCGAAGAAAUGGGCUUUUCUGAGCUACACAAAAUCGUUUGUGGGUUCAGUAUUAGAGACCUAGAUGCUGAGGCUCAGCUUCAUCCCGAACUACUUGAUAUGACGGACACAAGUGGUCUGAGCCCACUUCAUUUUGCAAGCAGCUUCGGUAGGGCAGACUACGUCCGGACUCUCCUUGAACAUGGAUCUAACCCAAAUAUUGGCAACGAAAGGCCAUUAGUUGCAGCUGCAAUGAGUGAAGAAUAUCAAUGCAUCAGACUCCUUCUUGAAUAUGGCGCCACAACCGAUUGUGUGAGAGGAUAUGUUUGGCAAAUUUCGGGUGGUCUCUAUAGGCAUGCAAAAGAGGAAGAGGCGCUAGCCAUUGACGCACUCCUUCUUGAAUACGCAUAUGACUUCAAUUGCCAGGAUGGCGAAGGCAAAACCGCCCUUAUGUACUGUUCGAUGAUUCCCAGGUUGCAGCAGUGGUGGUUGCACAAUCACCGUAUCCCGAAACUACGGCUGCUUCUGGAUGUCCCUGUGGACACUGAGGUCAAGGACGACGUGGGAAAGACGGCCUUACAUUUUGCUAUCGAACACUCUAACGUCUUGGCUUUCGAGAUGCUAAUGAAUGCCGGAGCAUGCCUUGACGUCGAUCUACCGGAAGGCAUGACAAUUUUACAUUAUGCUAUUCUUCAUACACAACUUAUCUUCGGACAGUCCCCCUCCGACAGUCCCCCGUCCACACUAAUGCAGCCUCCCGCGUACGAUCUAUACAUUAAGCUUUUAACCCCCAUUAUUAAGGGGUUUCAGACUAAGGAAUCUAUAUUCUAUAUAUACUAA